GCAUCACUGACUUUAGUUGAAUAUUUUCGCGACGCAGUUGUCCACAAUUUGCUUGUUAUAUUCUGCGUACGCACUCGUUUUCUUUGAAAGUUAACUGCUGACAGAAGCAAUAAUUUCCGACAAGAUGAACUGGGAAUUCGGAAAUCCCGACUACAAUAACAACGAUAGGAACUGGACCAAUGCCAACAACGGGAACAACAAGAAGGGCAAGAACGAAUAUUGGAACAAAAAUAACAACAACAACACCAGGAACAUCAACAAUAACAACAACAACAACUACAACACCAAGAACUUCAACAACAACAACAAUACCAAGAACGUCGACUACAAAUAUGACGCCAAUAAGAACCAAGAUAGGAACACCAACAAAGGCGAGCAGAAGGAAAAUGGGUCUGACAAGAAAUUGAAAUAUGAUCCGCCGGCCGAUUACAAGUAUGAGGUGCAUCCGUGCAUCUGCAAUCGCCCCCAACAGGCGUUCGAAUGCGGACGUUGCCAUCAUUAUUUCCAUGGGCGCAUUAACGAGCGCUGCAAGCAGCAUCCAUUGGAUUACUUUCUGAUGGACUUUCGCCAGUGCCCAUACUGCUAUGCACCCACCGCAGAGGUGAAGGUAUCCAAAUUGUCCUGGGCACAAAUUCGCAAGAUGGAAGAUGCCUGCUUGCCGAAUGACGGUGACGAUUUGUAGCUGAGUUUGAGACUCGGCGCAAUUGAUUAAUAUUUUAACAAAAGAACAAAAAGAACGUACAUUUAAUAUGUAUUCAUGCUAGGACACGAUCUUGUAUUAACUGAGAUUAACAUUAAAUAUAACAUAGUUCUAGAGCACACCCAAAUCUGUGCUAUUAAUCCA